GCGUGUGUGCAUCCAUCGGUCCGCAUUUGUGUGUGUGUCAGGUUGGUGAGUGGCCUCCAGAGAUGCGGUCAGUGUCUGUCAGAGCUGUGCGACCUGGCCCAGUCUCCCAGUUCCCCUUCAGCACUGGUCAGACUGCUGCAGUACUACUACUGGGCUCAGCUCAGAGACUCCCUCAUUCCUGACUGGACACCACGUGGUGUGGUGGCAGUGGUUGUCUCUGAUGACUGUUCUCUCUACUUUCUCAUGCUGAAAGUCUUACCUGCACUGGCCAUGGGCAACGCAGUGGUGGCGAUCCCUGGCGUGGGGACAGCUCCUCCUGCUCUCUUAUUGGCUCAGCUGUUUGUGGAGGCGGGACUUCCUGCGGGGGUGCUAAAUGUGGUGACGGGCAACGUUUUGUCACUGGGUUCUAAAGUGGCUCAAAACCCCCAAAUCAGCUAUGUCACUUACAGUGGCAACAAAAAGGAUGGAGAGAUGCUGUGCAGGGCCACAGCAGGCAUGGGUGUUCCCGUCUCGCUCUCCCUCUCCCUCGGAGCCACCUGUCCCUUCAUCAUCUUUGAGUCUGCCGAUAUCGACAGCGCUGUGGAUGGAGUGAUAGAGACCGCCUUUAAGAAGAACAGAGAGUGCCAGUGGAUGCUGUGUGUCCAGGAGUCAGUGUGGGACAGUGUUGUAGCCCGUCUGAAGGUUAGGAUGGCAGGGAUGAAGAGUGUUCCUCUCCUGGCCGAGGGGGACCGAAGGCUGGUGGACGCUGCAGUACAGGAGGCCCAACAGCAGGGAGUUACGCUGAUCCAGCCGUGUUCCCCGCCCUCCUCCGGUGCUACCAAUCCCCCCACGGUGCUGUGUGGAGUUGCCCCCUCCUGCCCCUGUGUGGUGACCCCAUCCCCCGGCCCUCUGCUACCCCUCCUCUCCUUCAGGAGCCACGAGGAGGGCGUCACUCUGGGGAACCACAUCCCUCAUGGCCAGGCUGCCUCUCUCUGGACUGAAGACCUAACUCUGGCCCUGGAGGCUGCCAAGAGCCUGUCUGUAGGUUCAGUGUGGGUAAACUCCCAUUCUGUGAUGGACCCUUCCCUGCCUCUCUCUGGCCACAAGGAGAGUGGCAACUGCAUCGACGGAGGGAAGGAGGGUCUGUUCCAGUUCCUCCGCCCUUCCUCCUCUCCUCCUCUACCCCGCUCCUCUCCAGCCUCUGUUGAUUACUCCAAGUUUGGAACGGCGGCAUCAGCGGCCAUCAUUCCAGAGGGAUCGAAGUCAUCCAGUACCCCUCGUUCCUACCUGCAGUAUGUGGGGGGGAAGCAGUGUAAAUCCGAGUCUGGCAGCAGUGUGUGUGUCCUGGCACCAGGGGGAGCUGUGCUGGCCUACUGUCCUGAUGGGGGGAGGAAAGAUGUUCGCAGCGCCGUGGAGGCGGCCAUUAAAGUCCAACCUGGUUGGAUGAAGAAGAGCCCUGUGGCCCGAGCUCAGUCCCUCUUCUCUCUGGCUGAGACCUUGGCGCUGAAGAGGCGGGACAUGGCCGUGUCACUCCACUCCCAGACAGGCCUCUCAUUGGAGGAGGCUGACAUGGAGGUGGAGCUCAGCAUCGCCCAGCUCUGUGAUUGGGCUGCCCGCUGUGAUAAGGAAAGGGGCGGAGUUCCGGUGAGUCCACAGUCCGGUUCGGCUCUGUCCAUCCCUGAGGCUCUAGGAGUGGUGGGUGUGGUUCUCCCUGACUCCUCCCCCCUCCUCUCUAUGGUCUCCCUGCUGGCAGCUUCUGUUGCCAUGGGCAAUGCUGUUGUCAUGGUGCCCAGUUCAAAGUACCCCCUGCCUGCUCUAGAGUUUAUCCAAGUUCUCCAAUCCUCAGAUCUUCCAGGAGGCGUGGUCAGCAUUAUAACUGUUGGCAGAGAUCAGCUGACCCAGGCUUUAGCCAAUCACAGUGUCAUCAAGGCCAUAUGGUACUGGGGGAGUAUGGAGGGUUGCCAGUUCCUCCAGCACACAUGUGCCAGCCCUCUGAAGAGCCUGUGGCUCCACUGCCAGGAGGAGGAGGAUGGAGGGAGAGACUGGACCCAGCCUCAUCCCUCACUCCUGGAGGAGAUGUGGAGACAGGACGUCCAGUGGAAGACUGUCUGGAUCCCCACUGCUUAGAGAGAGAGGGGGGGAAGAGGGAGGGAAAGAGACAGAUAGGUGAGAGAGAUAGAGA